UUGUGGACCAGAGAAGGACCACUUGGUUUCUUAAUCUUCCCACGCCGUAAGGUCCUGUUGCAUCAUGGACGCUAAUUUCACCGCUCCGUGCAUUUCCAAUGCAUCCUUGCCGUCGUCCUCGGAUACCAAGUUGGAUGUCAGCAGGCUCAUGGACAUGCUUCAGAUCUUCUUCUACGCUGUUCUUUUCCUGCUUGGUUCCCUGGGCAAUGGAGCUGUGAUCUGGAUCACAGCCCGUCAGACUGCACGGACCAUCAGCUGCGUCUGGUUCUUCAACCUCGCUCUGGCCGACUUUCUCUUCUCGGUCACCCGGAUUGUGCCCCUCUUGAAGAACGCUUUUGACAAUGGGUGGCCCUUUGGAAGCUUCCUAUGCAAAGCCAACAGCUUCGUCAAGUAUCUCAACAUGUUCGGCAGCGUCUUCCUCUUAGCUGCCAUCAGCAUAGACCGGGCAACUUGCGUAGCCUACCCAAUAUGGACCAAAAGGCACCGGGACAGCCGCUUGGCCUGGGUCGCUGCCAUCGGAGCUUGGAUCUUGGCCAUUGCCACCAGUAGUCCUUUCUACCACUACCGUGGCAUAAAAAUCGACAAGUCUAACAAGACCAAGUGCUCCUUUUCCCUGGAGGGAAAUGAAUCCGCCAAACUGGUCAUCUAUAUGUUGAGACUGAUUUGUGGGUUCUUGGCCCCUUUCGCCAUCAUUGUAGUCUGCUACGGCAUCAUCGUUGUGGUGCUGAGGAAGCGACGGGCUUCCCUCCGUUCCAAGAAACCCUUCAGGGUCAUCCUGGUUCUUGUGGUCACGUUCUUCCUCUGUUGGGCACCAUACCACAUCUUCCUCCUCCUCAAAUUGGUGGAGGUGAAAGGCCUAGGGCUUUCUAUUGGCCUCCCGCUCUCUUCCUUCCUGGCUUACCUCAAUAGCUGUGUCAACCCUAUCCUUUACUUCUUCAUGGGCGUGGACUUCCAUCGAAAGUUGAGUCUUUACAGCAUAAGGUCUGCCUUCAGGAAAACCUUGUUUGAAGACAGUGGCUCCUCAUUCAGGAGCAAACACAGGAAGGAGAUGGUUUCUUCCACUGAACAGCUUCCUCGGUCUUCAGUAGUCCCUCAGAUGCACUGUAGAACCUUACCGCUUCCAAGUUCGGUUUAGGAAACUCGCGUGGGUUAGGAACUCAUAGGUGAAGAACGUAGAACAUAGGGCUGGAAGGGACCUUGGAAGUCUUCUAGUCCAACCUCCUGCUCAAGGCAGGAGAUCUUCUACCAUACCA